AUGACAUUGAGAGAAAGAAUCAAGUUUUUGCUUGAAGAGUUUGGGGUUUACACCUUAAUGGCAGCAGGCAAAGAUGUAUACAUCAUUAUCUUGCUACGGAUGAUACGGCUAAUUAGUUUCGGAGCUACACUGUUGAUCCUUGCGUUAUACUUGAAGCAGAUCAGGUUUCUGGAAUCAUAUAUUGGGUUGUUCAUGACACUCACGUUUGUAGGAGAUCUUACUGGAAGUUUUCUUUUGUCGAUAUUGGCAGACAUUGCUGGUAGACGAAAUGUUAUGGUUCUUAGUUGUGGGUUAGCUACAUUGACAGGGGUAUGCUUUAUCGUCACAGAUAACAAAAUAAUCUUGACAAUAGUUAGUGUUGUUGGUAUACUUACUCCUAGUGGGGGUGAGGUAGGUCCAUUUAGAUCCAUUGAACAAAGUGCUAUUGCAUCAUUGAUGGCCCCUCAUGAAAGAUCAGACAUCUACACUUGGUAUACUUUCUUGGGAUUAUUCUGUGGUGCUAUAGGUAAUCAACUUGCUGGUAUUUUAGUACAAGUUUCUCAAGAAAGAGGAAACCUUGGUGUUACAGAUAGUUAUAAGGUUGUGUUCUGUGCAUACACUCUAUUGUCUCUUGUUUCUCUUGUGAUGUCUUUGUUUUUAACAAACAAACUUGAGCCAAAAAAGAGUAACAAGACGAAACCAUCAGAUGAAGCACCAUUGCUCAGAGAGACUGAAGAGGAAGAAUCUGCAACACCAGUGAGCAAGACUGCUGGAUGGUUCCCUGAUUUAACAGCCCAUGCACUUUCACUUGUGAUUAAACUUUCAAUAUUGUUUGCAAUCGAUUCUUUUGCGUCUUCCUUAGCAUCCCUUUCAUGGAUAUCUUACUACAUUAAGAAGAAGUUUGAUAUCUCAUCUUCAUUCUUGGGUUCUGUGUUCUUUACUACGGGGAUUAUAAGUGGGAUAAUGUCGUUGCUAUCAACAUCUUUGACCAAGAGGUUUGGUGCUGUUGCAACUAUGGUGUUCACUCAUUUGCCAGCGUCGGUUCUUUUGAGUCUUCUUCCUGUGCCUUCGUCUUUGAAUGUCACCUUGGCCAUAAUGAUCAUUAGAGCAUCAACGCAAUCCAUGGACGUGGCUCCUAAACAUGUUUUCCUUGCUGCUAUUGUGCCAGAGAGUGAGCGCACAGCAGUUUUUGGAUGGGUCAAUCUCGUGAAGACUAUGGCACAAAUUUUAGGACCUUCAAUUGUCGGACUUUUAACCAGUAAGGGAAUGCAAUGGCUUGCUUUUGUAGUCGCGGGUACACUUAAGGUUCUGUAUGAUUUGGGAAUGUUGGGUACAUUUAUGGCCUAUAACAGGCAUAAUGAACAUUAG